AUGGACCCCGCUAGAGCCCAGCGGCCAAAUUUGAGCUAUGCCCAGACCGACACUCUCAACCAUGGAUAUGGGAGAAAUGAGGAUGUUUCCUUGGAUGAACAAGCUGCAGUCCUCCAAGCGAUGUCACUAGAAACUCCCGCAGAAGCAGGGCUAACUCAGUCACCGACGACCUACUCAAGUGGCUCUAGCUAUCAUACACUGCGCUCAACUGUCAGUCUAUCAACCCUGAACAGCCCGACAAGUCCCAUAAACCCGACAAACGAAAAGCCCAAAGCUGGACAAAUAUUCAAAUCAGCGUUGCAAGAUGCAAGACACUUCGCCGGUGGACUCAUCAGCCACCCUUAUGAGUCGACGAAACACUAUUCAAUCCUGCGCCAUUCUCACGGGCUGGUCUACUACACCGGCACAUCCACCAAUCUCGCAAUCACGAUUUUUUCAGAUAGAGACCUUCCCAUUGACAGAACGCUUUGGCUGCAGCGCAAAGGAUUUUCCGGCAAGACCGGACUGAAGAUCGGAGGGCUACUUGGCGCUCGAAGCACCUGGGUCAAUGUGACUCCCGCCGUCAGAGCGACGCCCGCGCAACUCGAGCCAACCGAUGAGAGGGCAUGGCAACGGGACAUCAAGAAGUUCUUAAAGAAGGCUCCGAAGGAGAUUCGAUCCCAUCUCGUCCGAGAGACAGAUAUCCUUCGUAUUCCCUGCGAGGCCGAUGACGGCUAUUUGCGGGUGGUGUUAUGCACAGCUGAUGGAAAGAAAGUCCUAUGCGGAAGUCCGAUAUUCAGACUCGCUUCUUCGUCGACCGACGGCAGCUCUAUCAGAGGUGCAUCCCUGGUGACGAUGCCGCUAGAAGUGGGGAUCAAGAUUGCUUCGGUGGUGGCCAACAAUGCCGUCGCAGCCACACUCAGCCCUGCCGCGGAGACGGCGAGGACUUUUGUCUCCACCAAGGUCUCGCAGAUAUAUCAGCCCAGCGCGAUACUUCAGUCGACGGUCACGACUGCAUAUGAUUCUAGCGGCAUGCAGGGACACAUUGACCGUGCCAACGAGCAAUACGACAGGAAAAGAGACGAAUCUUUCAACGCGACAAACACCACCGCGUUCGACGCUCUCGCUCGCGCUGAUAUCAUUGGCGACGAAUCAGGCCCGAAUUCUCCCUUCCCCGUGAUGUUCCAAGGCAAGGUUAUCCCCGGCAGUGGAACCAGCACGGUACAGUGGAACAUGCCCACCGCCAAUCUGACCGCAGUCUCCGAGGACAUCCUCCUACGCCACCGCGGCGUCUACUUCGGCUGGGCUGCAAUCCAUCUCCCCACAAAAGUCGCUGUCGAGAAGGAGCUAUCAAGCGACUGGCACCAAGCCAUAAUCUUCAUCGCUCCGGAUCCAACGGCCCGACGGACAGUGGUCCACAAGAACACAGCGCGAGUCUACGUGAUCCACGACUUCCAAGCGACGCUCUUCUUUGACGCCAAACUCUCCGUCAUGAUGAUGGGGUUCCUGCGCCACGUCCACGUCGACGAGUCCGCCGAGCUUGGAGGCCGAGACCCGGACCGCGACGCCCAAUUGUUCGACGUGUACAAAGACAUCGCCGUGGCGACGGCGAGUCUGGCCCGGCCGAACUGGCAAGCCGACGCGACGCUCGAGCGCGUCGAGUCGGCCGCGUCCGCCAGAUCGUUCCGGGACCGCUAUGUCGAUCUCAGGCAGUCCAGCCAGCGCCACAUCGACCGCGUGCCCGUCCACAUGUUGGGCAUCCGCACGGAAGGGGCAGGGCUGAAGGAUCGCUUGAUUGGAAAUGGCGGCGUCUGCGUCCCCAGGCAGGGUCUGACGCAUACUUUCACGGCGUGA